UGGAAGUUCCUUUCCUUUUAUAAAGCAUGUGAAGUAGACCGUGAGCUCUACUGUUUCCUCUGAACUUGAAACCCCAGAGAAGAAGAAGAAGAAGAAUAUGCCCUUCAAAUACCAUUCGUUCAUUCCCGGGGAUGACGAUGAACUCAACAAGGCUCGUCCAGGCUCCCCUCCGGCCUUCUUCUCUCUGCCUUCACCAGCUUCUCCUCGCGUCUGCGGUAACUGCAUCCCUGGUAUUGCGGCUGGAGCGGCGGCCACAUCUGCAGCUGUGACUGCAGCUGCUCACCGGUCCUCUGUCCCCAUUCCGUCCACCCGAGAACGGCUUCCUCAGCAGCACGUCAGAACCGAAGCAGCGGUGGAAGUGAAGAAUCAAGAAUCUGCGAGUGUUGAAGUGCCGAACAGUCAAAGUAAAAAUAAGGCUAAGGGGUUCAUUUUGGACCAUGCCGCCCUGGAUGACAUCAUCGGACGGCUCUUAGAUUUUCGGUUGGCUAGGCCGGGGAAGCAGGUCGAGCUCUUUGAGAAGGAGGUUAGGCAUCUCUGUCUGACCUCUAAAGAAAUCUUUCUUUCGCAGCCCAAAUUGCUCGAGCUUGAAACUCCCAUUAAUAUUUGCGGUGAUAUUCAUGGACAGUACAAUGACUUGUUGAGGGUUUUUGGGGUCGUAGGCUUUCCUUCGACCGCCAACUACCUGUUCUUAGGAAACUAUGUGGACUACGGGGAACAGAGUUUGGAAACUAUGUGCCUCUUGCUCGCUUACAAGAUUAAGUAUCCCGAGAACUUUUUUCUUCUACGAGGGAAUCAUGAAUGUGCUUCCAUUAAUCGGAUCUAUGGGUUCUAUGAUGAGUGUAAGCGGCGCUUCAAUGUGAGACUUUGGAAAGUCUUCACUGACUGUUUCAAUUGCCUCCCCUUCGCAGCUCUUGUUGAUAAUAAGAUAUUUUGCGUGCACGGAGGGCUCUCUCCCGAUCUCACCAGCUUAGACCAAAUAAGAAAUAUACCUUGCAGGACUGAUGUGCCCGACACGGGCUUGCUUUGUGAUUUGCUCUGGUCAGACCCGCGCUAUAAUGUGAAGGGAUGGGGCGUGAAUGAUAGAGGAGCCUCUUACACCUUUGGAGCAGACAAAGUUUCGGAAUUUUUAAAGAAGCAUAAUCUGGAUCUUGUUUGUCGUGGUCAUCAGGUUGUAGAUGAUGGAUACGAAUUCUUCGCAGAGAGGCAGCUAGUGACUCUAUUUUCAGCACCUAACUACCGCGGCAUAUACAAUAAUGCGGGCGCAAUAAUGAGAAUCGAUGAGAAUUUAAACCACUCCUUCCAGAUACUAAAGCCAGCUGAGAGGAAACUUAAGUAGGUCCACAAAAUAUUACUGCAUUUAUUCUGUUUGCCUGUCUCAACAUCAAUCCUAUUUCCUCUUUGGAGAUUCUUAUCCCCUGCAAGACGAGGCAAAGACCGAAGAUAUGGGGAUGCAGAAGGCUGAAAUUUCGGCGGGUAGUGACUGCUAGAUAUAUAUUUAUCUCGAUUGUUUUGUGCGGCGAGACCCGAAUAUAGCAUAAUAAUGUGGUGAAUAUAAUUGGAUUCGAACAAUACAGAAAUGAAGAGUGGAACUUUUUGCGGCUUGUGCUUCAGCUUAUAUACAUAGCUCAAUGCUACUUUCUCGCACUAGAAUAAAAUGUGCUCGUAAUAGAGCUUGAGUGAUUUAUAAUAAUACUAUUGAUGUUGAAUAAGUAUUUGUAAGUGUGCAUGGACCAAACUACCUCGGACCUUUGAAAGAGUCUAUCCCAAAUUGCCAAUGGAUCAUCUAUCACGGGGAUUUUCUCAAGGUGAUGUUUUCAGGAAAAAUUC